UGAAUCUGAAUCUCAAAACAUUUAAAACCAAUAGUUUACACCAUAUGAUAUUCGUCGAAAUCGUCAUUCAUUCGAAGUGAAGCAUACAUGAGAAAACACCAAUAAAUUGGUUUCUAAAAAUUGAGGCGUUGCGUCAUACUUCAUCCUCAUAUUCCUGGCGGUCUUUCAAUGGGAUGUCUACGGUGAAGGCUGUUAAAACUAAAAAGGGUAAAAUCGAGAUAGAUGUUGAGCGAUACCGUUCUGAGGGCUUUUGGAAUAAGGCCUUAGAAGUAAUCCUAUCUCAUGGAUCCGACCGCUCCACGUCUCUCCAUAUGUUAAAUCAGCUAAUACUUUGUGAAAAUGAACUAGAAUGGAACGAUCAAGGUGAAUUACCACCAGAAAAUUUAUCCAAGGCUAAGAGGUAUGCGGAAGAGGUUAUGAAUGGGAAUGACGAGCAAUAUAAAUUUGAGGCAUCUGUCCUUCUUGGGAAAAUAUACUAUCUACAGGGGAAUAGUGAAAAAGCUCUUAAGAUUUUAAGUUCCCUCAAUUUGUUAUCUGCCAAAAUGGACCCUAUUACACUGCGUUUCAAUUACAUCGUUAGUGAAGGUUUGGCUGUAUUGGGUUUGUGCAAAGAAGAACAGUCAAAGCUAAAAAGCCUAUCUGACAUAUCAAAAGAGAGAGACAAUAUCAUUAAUUUAUUCAACUUAGCUUGUCACAUGUGCAUAAAACAUCUUCAGGAAUUAGAUCGAACUCAACCAGAGCAUACCAAUUCAUCUGUCAGUCUGCCACCGAUUGUAGAAAAAGUCAUACAAAAGAUUCCGGAAAUUCUGAUUAAAAAGGGUGACAUAUCUGGUGCUAUUUCGAAGUAUCGAACUAUUCUUGGGUACUGUGAGUUGCCUGCUACCAGGUCUCUUAGACGAGCUUUAUCCUUACGAUUUUCUGAACUGCUGUUACGGAGUGUAUGCAUAAAGACAUAUCACAAGUAUAAUACAUCAAUGGAUCAAGAUUCCUCAACAGAUAAGGAUGCACAACUAAUUCCAUACCGAUAUCCUACAAAUAGAUACAUUCCAGACAAUCGAAUAGAAGAAGCCAUUUUUUCGUUAAUGAUUUCCGAACACAUAGCCAGUCAAGAUGUUAUACUUAAUCGACCGUCAGAAUUAUCUGAACCACAAAUAGUUCGAUCAUUUAAUAAUGCAGCUGCUGUCUACGACUUACUUGCCAUACUUCUUACUAAAGUUAAACAUUUCAAAUUUCUUUCUAAAUGCCUUGAAAAAGCACUCAAGUUUUCUUAUCAUCAAUUUCAUAUCUGGUAUCAAUUCGCUUUAUCACUUAUCAGUUCUAAACAAUAUUAUCGUGGUUAUUUGGCUCUACGCGAAUGUUUACGAAUUGAUAAUUCUAAAAUAUCCGUUUAUCUAUUCGCUAGUUCAUUAUGUUUGGGUCAUUUGAAUUUAAUUGAAGAAGGCAUGGAAUUAGCUUCACAGGCAGUAGAGGUUUCUGCACAGUCUGAAACAGCCUUUAUGGCUCGCGCUCAUUUACUAGUUGGUUGGGGUUGGUCUAUAUUAGCCAGGUCAUGUUGUGUUGUAGAUAAAAAAAGUGAAUUGCGUAAUCGUGCUGUAAAAGAGUAUAGAAUUGCUAUUCAACUAGAUCCCGAUGAUUAUCUAGGAUGGUAUCAUUUAGCUGUUGAAUUGGCUACACAACGUCAUUUGGACGAGGCCUUGUCAAUUUGUCAACAAAGUUUACAGUUAAUGCCAAUACAUUCCAAUACAUUGUAUUUAUUAGCGUUAUUGCAUACAGCUGGAGGAAAACGUUUAGAUCAAGCUGCAAAGGCAUUAUAUGUUGGUUUAAGCGAUAGACCAAAUGAUUUUAAUUUAUUGUUUUUAUUAGCUAAAAUUGAAGAAGCUAGAAUUAAUCCUAAAGCUGGUUUGAAAGUCUAUCGUCAAUUGUUAAAAGUAUGGCGUGAUACAUUCUCGUUAGGGGCUAAUUCAAAGGUAAUAUUCAAUCGAAUUCGAAAAGCUGCUCUAUCAAAUAACAAUGAUAUAACUAAUUCAAAUACUCCUGAUGACUUAACACUUUCCAGUGUUUCUCCAUUCAGUCCGUCGUUAGAAUUAGACGAUGACUGUUCAAUAUUAAAUGUAUGGGAAGAAAAAACUAACAACAGCAAUUACUUACAGUCUGCGCUAUCUGAUAUAGCGAUUGGUUGUGCUGGCCAAACUGGUGCAUCUAUCGUACCGCUUCCAAGACAAUCUCGUCCGGGCAAUCAAAAUCAAACAACUGCUUUGAAAGUACAAAUUAAAAUUUACCAAGGUCUAGCGGAGUCAUAUUUAGACAAUAAUCAAUUGUUUGAAGCCAAAGAAGCAUUAGAUGAAGUAAUGAAAAUUGGUGGUCUUGAUAACCAAACAUUAUAUCUUGUAUGUCCUAUUUUAAUGUUUAGUAGUUAAUAGUGAUAAAGAUUUUUCGGUUUUUGUAGCAAAAGCUGACUUUCAACCCUAACAUAUACUUGCCUUUUUGUGUCGUAGAACUCCCAAUUGGCCUCCGAGGAUAGAACGUUUUAUUAAAACCCCUUGGAUUGUUCGACUCAGUUGUGUUGAAAAGUAUCGACCGUUUGUAUUGAUGAAAAUCAUCGUUCUGGAUCAUAAAAAUAGCUAUUCUUGUUUAGCUACCCAAGAUUAUCAAAGCAGUGCUCAGUAGGUCUGGAUUUCAACUAAUUUAUUCACUGCCAAAGUUGUUUACAAUAAUGAAUGAAGUCUUGAUUGCCUCAUAUUCUUAAACCUAGUUCCAUGUUUCGCGUGCUAGCUUGUUUAACUUUUAUGGAGCAAACCUAAGGAUGAAGUGCACAUGUUAGUAUUGUUUCUUCUAUUCUGAAAACCCAACCAUAGUAACUGAAGAUGCCACAGGUAUUGUUGUUGUUUUGAAACGAGACACGCAUAGAUUGCACCUGUUGAGUAAGUUUAGACAAGAAAAUGUAAAUGUAAUUAUCGAGCGUAUCUCAAACAAUCACCCAAUCAAGCUAUAUUGCCUUGAGCAUUUGUUGUUUGAGGUCCCAGUGUGCCUGCUUAGGAGCUGUUAAGGCAAAGUCGUCAUAUUUAAGUUCGCUGUUGUACGAAGUUGUACUGCCGACUAUCUGAGAAUAUGCCAGCAAUAUGUUUCCUAAAGAUAAUGAUGGUACCACUCUUCUAAAAUAUGGUUGCUCCCCUCGUACCACGGAUCUUUGGUUCUGGUGGUAAAGUUUGAAAGCCUACAGUCAGUUCUUGAGGGAAAAAAACCACUUAAGAAAAGGUUAUUCAUGACCGAUCUAAAGGUAUUGUUGAGCUUUAUGAGUGCAUUCCCAACCCAACAGAUCUUUAAAUAUUAACGUAUCUAAAUUUUUCAAUCCUCUAACCUAUUAUAUCCCUGUUAUCACUUAAUUUAUGGUUUCAUCUUCUGUUUCAUGUACAACUACUUCUAACCUUUUAAUCUACAUAUUGAAGUAUUCAGUGUUCCAACCCUUUGUCAAACCAGAAAACAGAUUUUACAAGCCACGGUUCUAAAAUCGUAUGGCAUAGAUAUAUUCAAUAUUUCUAAAACCCGAAAACAGAACUCCAUUACUGGAUUAUAGGUAACCUUAAGCAUUUUGCUAAGUUUAAAAGUAGGUUUUUUAGGUAGUGAUGGUAAAUGAGUUUAUGUCGAUCCCUUUAAUAACAUAGCUCAAAAUCGUUGCCAGUGAUUCCCUCUCAUUCAUCCUUUUUUCUAAAUUUUCAGCAUAGUGUUAUCCAAAACCUCUACUUCCAAUAGUUUUUUUUAAACCGUGUUUAUUCUUCAGUCCAUAUUGAUACCUUCAUUUCUUUGUUUUACGUCCUGUUAAUUUUUCUUCUAGCUGUGGUAGCUUAAACUGGGACAUAACACUAUGUUCAUGAUUGACUGAUACUAGGAUGUAUAAAUUACGUUUUGAGCCAAAAUACAUUUGGAUUGUUUACACAUGUUUUUCAACAUACUACUUUAGUGUACAACUUCUUAGAUCUCUACUCCAUGAGCCAGGCCUACAUUACCACCGACGCCGUCAGUUGAUUGACUUUUGUAUAGACAGUAUCCUCUUAAAUAUGUUAGGUUUAUGAUCAGUCACAAUUUCUAUAGGACUCAAGUCAACAUUCAAUACCGACUACCAGCUAUGUUAUGUAUUGGUAUGAUUACACUUCUUUAUCCAACUAAAUUUUACAACUGUGUUCAUCACACAUUUCCCUCAUAAGAUUUAUUAUCAUCCAUAUGUACAUUUCGACUAAUUUAUUGAUGCAAAUUCAUUUUCGCAUCGAAUGAGCUGCCAACGUUAAAUUGGCUCACCAACAGUUAUAUGAAGUUUGGGGCAUAGUUUUGGUUUAAUAGUAUUAUUACAGUGCAUUUGAAAUAGUAUCGAAAACGUUUUCGUUGAAUCGUAGUUUCUGAUUUUCUUGCUGGUAAAUACAUACGACAUAAUGGUUUCCAGCAUUUUUUAAUGACUAUUAUCAUUAGUUAAUGGUUAUUUGUUCUUCGUUGAAUGACUCACAACCAUACUGCUUUGGUUUGAAUAAAUAAGCGACUGUUUUAACUCCCUUAUAUGUACUCCCUUAAUCAGGAUUCUGCCUCCUCAAAUCCAUUCAUUUAGGAAUUGAGGAUCUAUUCUGUGAAAAACAUGACCUUUGAAAUACACGAUUUCAGCAUUUGAUUAUGUUGUCAUAGCAAAGUCAUCGUUAUUUAGAAUUAUUUAAUUAUAGUGUGUAUAUACUUAUGUUAAAAAAAGACUUAUUAAUCUGUCCUGACUCGAAUUAUGAUUAGUUGUUCAGCCCCAAUCCCUAUGAACUGGGAUGGUAGUAUUUCUCGACCUUAAGGCGGCAUUCGACUCUGUUGAUCGUAAGGUUCUAUGGCAGUGUUUGUCACUGAAAGGAGUACCAAAGAAGUACAUUAACCUUAUAAAGGCUCUCUACUCGAACACAACUGGUAGAGUAAGAGCUUAUGGCGAACUGUCAUCAGAAUUGAUUACCUCAAGUGGUGUU